AAAAAAAGCAAAAGUUUGAAAAGAAAAUUAAUGAUAAAAUGGAGAAAGAAGUGGCCUCUCCUCCAAGUGAAAUGAGAAGGAAUGAUUCUCCAACAAGUAGACAUUGUUCUCAUUCAAGUUUGCAUGGACAUGAUGGAAGCUCCGACGAAAAUGCCUUUCCAUGUAACACGAGUUCUUGGUCUCUUGGUUUGGUAGAUAAACUUGGCAUUAGAAAAGUGUUGACAAACCCAUUUGAACAAGUUCGAACAGAAUGGUCUUUCAGCAAUUUGACAGACGCUGAAAUAACUAGAAUUGAUGAACUUGUUAAGAUAUGCAGUUUGCCAUGUGUUGAUUUCAAUUCUUUGGAGGAGAUACCGUAUGAUAAGUCAAAAUCUUACAAGCAGUGGGUCCAGGAAUGGUUUCCAGAGUUCACAAUCAAAGAGCUUAAGUUGUUCAGUAGGAACUGUGAGGAGUUUGGAUAUUUCCUGUUUGAUGCCAUGCAGCAAAUACAUCAACAUGAUCAAAGACAGAGCCAGUUGCCAUAUGAAAUUGAUUAUCAAGUUCUCUUUGAAAAAAUUCUCAAUUUGUUUGAAUUGAAAGUCAAGGGAUAUUCAUAUAUACCAAAGGGACAUGCCACAAUAUUUGGACAAGAAAUAAUAUCUUCAAGAGCUGAUAUUCUUUGCACUAAAUGUGAUGAUCCAAGUAAAAUACUAAGUGUCUGCAAGAUUAUAGAUGAGGAAGAUAAUCCUUGUAAUCCUGAAGAAGGCACAGAUUUUUCACCAGCAAGGAAAAAAUUACGCACCACAUCAUCAACAUUAGAAACUGCUAAUGAGGAGGCAUGUUCUAGUACAAGCUCAACCUGUGGUCUGUCAUCGAAUGUAUAUGCCCGCUAUGUUGGAGACCUGCUAGCCUAUUUUGAAAGUUCUGUUUUAAAAAGAGGCAUUCUUGGAAUGGUCGUACAAAAGACAAAUGUUUUAUUUACUUUCCUGAAAAUCAAACCAGAGAGCUUUGAAAAAAUUAGAAGAGGAAACCAAUCUGGAUCUAUGAAAUUUGAUUCAACAAAGGAUGAAGAACCAAUAUUAUUUUACACAAAGCAGUUCAAUUUCUUAAACUGUGAAGAUCGUAAAAUAAUUUUCAAAGCAUUGCUUAGCAUGAAAAUGAUUGAAGUUAAAUAUUAGGACUACUGAAUAUUUUAUGCAUUACAAAUGCUGAAACCAUUUUGUUUGAGCUGCUUGUAUUUUUGGGUUUCCAGAGUCACCCAAUCAAAGUAUUGAAAUUUCUGUGAGUCAUUAAUGAAUUUCUUCAGCUUUUAAGUAGUUAAUAUUGACUGAUGUUGUUGUGUAACAUCUAUGAUGAAAGAGCACAUUUUGUAAAAAUUAUCCUCACUUUAGGGGCAUUAGAUAUUUAAAAAAAAAAAAAUUGAACAUUUUUAUUGUCUUCUUUCUCUACCGAACAUACUUAAUGGUAUAAUCAUUCAUUAUCUUUAAACAGUUUUCGUAUGGUUACUCUUUAAUUUAUACUCUAUCACUGUUUACAUUUAUCACUUGAUACGUACAGAGUGUUUUAAAAGAAGAUGGGCGCAUUUGUCGUGUGAUCUGCAGGAAUCAUUUGUACGAAACAUUUAUUGUUUAAAUGUCCAUGAUUU